UGAUAUAAACUGACAUUGACACUAAACGAGCCAGCGAAAUGCGAACAAUCAAUAGUUACUGUUUUGAACCAACGAUGACAAAACACCUGUCUUUUUGAAAAGUUAGAACAAAAGAGAGUUUAAAAAUCCCACACACACUUCCGCCGGAGAAAGAAAAUACCAAACAAACCAUCUUUUGCCACGUGCCUUAUCGUUAUAGGGUGUACUACGAAUCAAAAGAGUGUAUAAAAACAUCAUAUAAAAUUCAACGAAUAGUCUGCUCUAAACCUACAAUAAUUACGUCUCAAAAUGACGGCAACAACAGAAAACGAAACCUCGACAUUCAAAAUCAAAUUGAAAAAUUAUUUGCUUUCGAUGCGACCRUGGUCUUUCACCGCUUCUGUUGUCUCGAUUCUGCUUGGUAAUGUUCUCGCAUGGAARMUUCAAAACCGGUUUGAUUUYCGACUGUUCUUUUUGACUUUAACGASCAUUCUCUCAACACAUGCGGCUGGUAAUCUCGUCAACACUCUGUACGACUUCAAAAAUGGCAUUGAUACCAAAUUAUCGGAUGAUAAGACUCUCGUGAAGAAAAUCCUYCAACCAAGAGAAGUCAGAAGUCUCAUUCACAUUUGUUACGAAAUGGCUAUCGCUUCWUUUCUCGUUAUUUGCCUCGGSUUUCCACAUGUCAGCRUAAAACUCUGUCUUCCCUUAUUUAUGGCUGGAAUUCUCUCCUCCUUCGUUUAUACUGGGAGYGUGGGACUUAAAUACAUUGCUAUGGGAGAUGUUUUGAUCUUCGUGGCAUUCGGUCCUGUUAUAACCUCAUUUACCUACACUGUUCAAACUGGGAUGUUUUCGAGCCUUUGUGUAUUCUGUGCGGUUCCUUUGGCCUCGCUCACUGAGGCCAUUCUUCAUUGCAACAACAUCCGGGAUUUCGAAACGGACAAGAAGGCUGGUAUCGUUACCAUGGCAAUCCUACUUGGCCAAUCCAAAGCCAGCACRCUGUAUUCAGGUCUUUUGUUCAUACCAUAUGUAAUAGUGGCGAUACUAGCUUUGCUGCAAUCUUAUUGGCUACUCCUGCCUAUACUUUCGUUGCCAUUAGCAACAAAACUAAGCAAUGAAUGUUGGCAUGGUUACAACACARGUAACUAUGAUGACAGUAGAUGUGACCAGGACAGCAGCAAUUGUGAUAAUGGUAGCAAUGCAAGCAGCCAUGACGAUAACCAUAGUGGCCAUAGUGACAAGAGUUACCAUGACAACCAUAAGCAUCACCAUGGAAACUUAGAUAACAUUCCACAGAAGACAGCAAUGCUUAAUCUAGUGUUUGGUAUACUUUAUGUUGGUGCUUUUUUAAUUGCAAUGUAGUAGAAAUAGUAUAGAAAUAAYCAAAUAUUGUUUAAAAAUUAUUCUAACUAAUAAAAUUCAUUUUAGGUAUAUUUGCUAUAACUCAUCUUURGAUAGGCUUUUCGCACAUCUAAAUGUGAUGUUGUCUGAGCCUGCAUCAGCAGUAUUACCCAUUCUGUCAAAAAAUAGAUAAAAAUAUUUCAAUAUUAGUUUAUUGAUAGUUGGAAUAAACAAAAAUGUCAUGAAAGAAUAGACUGAUGAAUGAAAGGAUGGAUGAAUAAAUUAAUACAUAUUUAUGUUA